ACCAGCCCACAGUUCACACAGCAGGGUUCGUGCAUGAUUUCUCAUUUCUGGAUUGGUUGAUCGGCCGGAUACGUAACAGGGUCGCUAUGCGCCGACCUUCUUCGCAAUUACACAGAAGAUCUUCGCACUUUCCUUUCAAAGCUGUCACACUCCAAAGACGAGCACACGGAAGCUGAAGCUGAGCCUUCGAGUACAGCAAAAGCGCGUGUAAAUCCUUCGAGCACCACGACCGUCAAAUACUCAAAUCCAUCCACCGGAGACGACAAGGGGAUCGAGCCAGCUUCGUCGAUCCGAUCCCCAUGGCCAUGGCAGCACCGUACAGAGAUCCUUCAGCGCUGGCGCCGGCGCCGGCACCGGUGGCGGUGGUGUCCCCGCAGUUCUGCGCGCCGCGCACGGUGCCGCUGACCGUGACCAAGAUGGCCAUGAGCUUCUCCGGCGGCGACUUCACCGUCACCGGCGCUGACGGCGCCGUCGUGCUGCGAGUCGAGGGCGUCUGUUUCAGCGUCGGCAACCGACGCGUGCUCCACGACGCCGCCGGACGGCCCAUCCUCACCAUGCAGCAGAAGGUAUUUAGCAUGCACGACAAAUGGAAAGUGUUCCGAGGGGACAGCACGAGUUCACGUGAUUUGCUCUUCACUGUGAAGAAAACAUCAAUUUUCCAACUGAAGACAAGUCUGGGUGUCUUUUUGGCUCGGAACACCUCAGAGCAGGUAUGUGAUUUCAAGAUCAAGGGGAGCUACUUCGAGAGAUCUUGUGCCUUCUAUCUUGGCAACUCCAACGCCAUGGUUGCUCAGAUGAAACGUAAGUUUACUGUGUCAAAUGUACUGCUCGGAAAGGACACGUACUGUGUUACAGUGUUCCCUAACGUUGACCACGUAUUCAUUGCGGCUCUUGCUGUGAUUCUGGAUAAGGUUCACAGGGAUCGAUCCAAAUGACGACGUGACGUCAUCGACAAAUUCCAAGCAUCCAUCAAGUAGUUUCAAUGCUACGGUCUACAGUGUUAUUCGAUAAAAAAAAUCAGGCAGAGCAAACUUUUGUUGAUACUGGUGUACACUAUUGUAUUUUUAAUUAGAAUACUAUUAUUUGGUUC